CAUCCUCCUACCAUAGCAUCCUUAUUCACAUUUAUACUCUCAAUUAUGCUCUAAUCUAUUUUAUUUUAUACUUUAACUGUUCUAAUUCAUUAUUUUGUCAAUUAAUAAUCAUUAAAAAAUUGUAAAAUGGUUCAUAUAAUUAUCGAAGGAAACAUUGGAGUCGGAAAAACAAGUUUACUUGAAGCCAUGAAGGAAACAUACGGUUCCAGUGUCAAGGUAUUCCCUGAGCCGGUUAAAAAGGUUCAAUGUUGUGCAGGUGAAAAUCUUCUAUCGUUAAUGUACAAUGACCCAAAACGAUGGUCAUUUACCUUUCAAAAGGCAAUUGCUUUAGCGAUGAUGAAGAUUCACAUGGAAGCCAGAAAGACUACCGAUGCUCAUACAGUCACAGAGAGAUCAAUUUUUGGAACCAAAAUAGUCUUUGUUGAACAUCUCAAAAACAAAGGCCUCAUAACCAAAAUGGAACACUGGCUACUAGAGGAUGAAUUUAAUUUUUAUGUUACUCAGUUGAAGGUAAAUCCUGAUAUAAUUGUUUAUCUUCGAGCCCCACCUGAAGUUUGUCUGAAGCGGAUCCAAGAACGAGGAAGACCCGAAGAGAAGAAGAUUACAUUGGAUUAUCUUAAAGGACUCCACGAUCUUCAUGAGCGAUGGUUGGCUCCAUCUUGUAACCACUGUCACAAUGAUAUCUCAGCGAGUAAAAAUGUUAUUGUCAUCGACGCAAAUCAAUCGAAGAGUCAGAUGUUGACCCAACUUAGAUCAUUUGAGGAGAAAUUAUUCAGUGCCCAGUAAAUUGGUAAUAUUGAGUUGAUUCUUGGAAACUAUCUAACAGCUCUUAAAACCUGUUUCUCGUUUAAAACCAUUUAGCAACCUGUUCCAUUGAAGAUACUGUUUAACAUUAACAAUUAUUCUUGUUUACUAAUUAAAUUAAAA